AUGGCCCCAGCUGCUACAGGAGAGAUUGCGCCAAUGCAUCUACCCGUCUGUUCCUCGAAGCCAUCCAAGAUCAGUGCCUCUGUCUUGCAUGGUCCCCGCGAUCUGCGUUUGGAAACGAGGACGAUCGAGGCUCCCGGGGUUGGCGAGCUGCAGAUUGCCAUCAAGGCCACUGGCAUUUGUGGAUCAGAUGUUUCAUACUACAAGAAGUUUGCCAAUGGCGAUCUCUGCGCCUGCCACCCACUCUCCCUGGGCCAUGAGUCGUCUGGUGAAGUUGUUGCCAUUGGACCCCAGGUGACUGGCUUCCAGCUGGGUGAUAGAGUUGCUCUCGAGGUUGGUGUUGCCUGCGGUCAAUGCGGGAUCUGCCGGAAGGGCAGAUACAACCUCUGCAAGAAGAUGCGCUUCAGGAGCAGCGCCAAGAGUUACCCUCACUACCAAGGUACUCUUCAAGAGAGGAUCAACCACCCUGCCGUCUGGUGUCACAAGCUUCCCGACAAUGUCUCGUAUGAGGCCGCUGCGCUUCUUGAACCCUUGUCCGUUGCUAUUCAUGCGGUCAACCGUGCCAAACCGGAGCCUGGCUCCACUGCUCUGGUAAUUGGAGCCGGUACCGUUGGCCUGUUGACUGCUGCCAUGGCCCGCCAAUCGGGCUGCACCUCUGUCACGAUUACCGACAUUGACGCAGGACGGGUCAACUAUGCUGUCAGUCGAGGAUUCGCGACACAUGGAUAUGUGACCCCACGAUCACGGCUGAACGCGUCUAACGUCUCCUCUGGAGUCUCCACCCCUGAGACUGGUGCCAUGACCCCGGCGAGCACCUUCUCUGCUGCGAGCCGAUUCGAUGGAGCCAGGUCAUUGGCUGAAGAUAUCCUUGCUUCCUCGAACCCUGCGGGCGCCUUUGUGCUCGAGGAGGACGAGGACGGUGUGGAUGUGACCUUUGAAUGCACUGGAAAGGAAGUCUGCAUGCACACCAGCCUGUAUGCAACCAAGGCUGGCGGCAAGGUUAUCAUGGUGGGCAUGGGAACACCCAUCCAGACACUCCCCUUGUCUGUAGCCCACCUUCGCGAGAUUGACAUCUUGGGCAUCUUCCGCUACUCCAACACUUACCCUACCGGCAUCCGGCUCCUCUGUUCCCAGGCCAGAGGCGGCCCCGGCUUUGGACUGCCAUCCCUGGACGAGAUGGUGACGCACCGCUUCAAGGGACUCGACAAGGCGCAGGGUGCCUUUGAGCUGGCAACCCGCACCAGCGACGACGAGGGCAACCUGGUCUUGAAGAUUGUGAUUGAGGCCUGA